CAAGCUUCAAUGUCCAAUGUCCAUCAUGUGUAAUCAUCCCCUGUUCCCUCAGGAUGAAUGUGGGUGUGGCUCACAGUGAGGUGAACCCCAACACACGGGUGAUGAACAGCAGAGGGAUCUGGCUGGCCUACCUGUUGCUGGUCACCGUGCUGCACGUCGUCCUGUUGAGCAUCCCUGUCCUCACUGUGCCUCUCGUCUGGACCCUCACAAAUGUCAUCCAUAAUCUGGUCAGCCCAAGUAUUUAUAGUUUGUUUAUAAUUUUUCCAAUCAAAUGUUGUCAUUUAAAUACAUUUCUAUUUCAACUAAAUCCAGAAAAAUUUGGGCUUGUGUUAUGACAUUGUAAUGACUAAUGAGUGUGUCUGUUGAUCUAACAGAGGUGUGUUUAUGUGUGAUCUGUCCACCACAGGUGAUGUACUUGUUUCUGCACACAGUAAAAGGCACCCCUUUUGAGACACCGGACCAGGGCAAAGCUCGCCUACUCACACACUGGGAACAGAUGGACUACGGCAUUCAGUUUACAUCCUCACGCAAAUUCCUCACCAUCUCACCCAUUGUGCUGUAAGACUGAAAAUCUGUGCAUACUAGAUUUGUUUUGUUAGGUUUUCCUUAUGGCUUGCAAUGAUAAAUGAACGUAGAAGAGUAACUAUUGAAUUAUUGUAUCCUUGUUUGUUAACAGCAUUGAAUAAUAACCCUAAACUAGCUGUUCAUUCUUCAGGUAUAUUCUUGCCAGUUUCUACACCAAGUACGAUGCCACACAUUUCCUGGUCAAUACAGGCUCUCUCCUCAGCGUCCUCCUUCCAAAGCUGCCCCUGUUCCAUGGAGUACGAAUAUUUGGGAUCAAUAGGUACUGACUGACACAACUGGAUAAUAUCAGAUUUAUAUUCUAUUUAUGUGUACUUUACUUCUAAGGUCCAGAGGCGGAAGUGAAUAAAACAUGUUUGGUAACUUCAUGAGCUGUUUGAAGGGCAUUGUUGUUUUUAUUGCACAGUUAAUGUUAGCUCUGUGACUAAAAACAAAGGAACCAAAAUGCACUGAACGCCAAGCUACAGUGGGGAGAACAAGUAU